CCUCGUGAGCCCCGCCUCCUCCCCCUGGCGCUACUGUUGGACGUCGGCUGCGGCGAGCGCGCGCUGGGUGGCCUUUCGGCAGGUAUAUAAAGGGUCUCUGGGCCGGCGCCCCUAACGGAUUAUGUCAGUGUCCCCCGUGAAGCGGCCGAAGAUGGAGUCGACGCUAGAGCAGCUCAAGCAGCACACCACGGUGGUGGCGGACACCGGCGACUUCCAUGCAAUUGAUCAGUACAAGCCUCUGGAUGCCACUACAAACCCAUCCUUGAUACUAGCUGCUGCUCAAAUGUCAGCUUACCAGGAAUUAGUAGAGGAUGCUAUUGAAUAUGGAAAAAAACUUGGUGGGUCAGAAGAUGAACAGGUCCAAAAUGCAAGUGACAAACUUUUUGUGUUGUUUGGGGCAGAAAUACUGAAGAGGAUACCAGGUCGUGUGUCCACAGAAGUAGAUGCAAGGUUGUCCUUUGAUAAGGAAGGAAUGAUUAACAGAGCUAAGCGCCUUAUUGACCUUUAUAAGGAAGCAGGAAUUGGUAAAGAUCGCAUUCUCAUAAAACUGUCAUCAACGUGGGAGGGGAUUCAGGCAGGCAAGGUUCUGGAAGAGGAGUAUGGGAUCCAUUGCAACAUGACCUUACUCUUCUCCUUUGCUCAGGCAGUGGCCUGUGCUGAAGCUGGGGUCACACUAAUUUCCCCAUUUGUAGGGCGUAUCCUGGAUUGGCAUGUUGCAAACACAGACAAGAAGACUUAUGAGCCCUCAGAGGACCCAGGGGUGAAGAGUGUCACUAAAAUCUAUAAUUACUACAAAAAGUUUGGCUACAAAACUAUUGUGAUGGGUGCUUCAUUCCGAAACACUGGUGAGAUUAAAGCACUGACAGGCUGUGACUAUCUUACCAUUUCACCUAAGCUUCUGGGAGAGCUCAGUAAAGAGAACACCAAGUUAACUCCCACACUCAGUGCUAAAGAUGCUCAGACAUCUAACCUUGAGAAGAUUCACAUGGAUGAGAAGACAUUCCGCUGGGAACAUAAUGAAGACCAAAUGGCUGUGGAGAAAUUAUCAGAUGGGAUCAGGAAAUUUGCUGCUGAUGCAGUUAAAUUGGAGAGAAUGUUGAAGGAACGAAUGUUCAGUACUAAAAAUGGAAAGUAGACAAACCAAAGUUCCUGCUGGAUUGUGGAGGCUGAAUGAGUGGGAUUAUUAAAAAUGGAUGUACAAAUACCUACAUGUAAAGUCUUACGCUAUGUAUGGAGAGUUUUCUGUAUUCCAUGCUUUUUUAUCAAUUUGCAAAGGGACAAGAGUUUCAAUUUGUAGCAAUUUUGGCAAUGUAUUAAAAUAGUUUCUGUGUAAAGAGUU